ACGCUACCGCGGAGGCUCAGAUUGGUUCCUAACAGAGAGGCGAAGUUUACAGCUAAAGAGGGAAAGUGGGCUGCGGGAAAUUGGGUUCUAGAAAAAUCUAGAAAAAGGAAGAAAGAAAUCCGAGAGAUUCCAGCACUGGCGGCCAUUCUGGAAUUGUUUCUUGAGCGGACAUGGAAGGGGAAUAAUGAGAGGGUUUCCCAGAGCCGGAACUCGGGGUUCUUGCUCUCGAAGAGAGCGUAGGCCAACGGAGAUGCAGAAAGGAAAAAUUAAAAAUUACGCGCUCCCCGCAAGGGGCGAAAGAACGGGCUAAGGCUCCGGUCACAAGUGAUUCACAGGGGGGGAUAGCGGGGUCUCCACAAGAUGGGAAACCUGGAAAGAUUAACCCCAGUCUAGCUUCUUUCCCAGCACUCUUCCCCCACUGGGGGAACUCCACUGAAGGAAAAAUGUUUGGGGGAAGGUGGGGACGUGUGAUCCUUGGUGCCCUUCUCUUACUUCCCUUCCCCCAUAUAUUAACCCCCUCCCAUGCCCCCUCCCCAAGCAUCUCUCCAAGCCUUUGCAAUCACUGGUUGAAAGGGAAUUCUUUUGGGAUCUGAUUUUCCAAUAGUCUCACUUUUCCUGCUUCAACGUUCAAGUCAAUUCAACUCGAGUACGAACAAUGGGUUUCCUCAUCAAGAAACCAGAGAACGAGGCGGGCAAGGCAUUGCCCGCUAUUGUCAUUGGUGUCUUCGUCUCCUUUGGUGGAAUCCUUUUUGGGUAUGCUACUACCGCUCCCCUCCACAAUUUCCAAUCCCCCAGAGGAUUAAUGAGGCGAAAGAGGAUCAUGGAAGGAUUUCGGGUAUUGGCACUUGAGAGCUAACGGUAAAUCAGAUACGAUACUGGUACUAUCAAUGGUAUCCUUGCCAUGGACUACUUCCAGAGCGAGUUCGCUACAGAGUUGGACUCAAAGGGUGUGCCGGCAUUGACCUCGAGUCAAACUUCGUUAAUCGUCUCCAUCCUAUCUGCUGGUACCUUCUGCGGAGCUCUCACUGCCUCUCCCUUCGGUGAUAUCUUGGGUCGUCGUAUGGGUCUUAUCGCUUCUUGCCUGAUCUUCUCCAUCGGUGUCGCCUUCCAGGUCGCUUCCACCACUAUUCCACUGAUGGGUAUGUGAUGAGUUGUCUCUGUAUUCUAUUUUUAUUUUUAUUUUUUGCCCGAAUCUCCCUCUUUCCCCUCGAGUCUUCUUCUCCUUCCUUUUUUUCUCUCUCUCUCUCUCUAGCGCAUGAGCUAACGUUUGCUUAAUGCCAGCCGCCGGUCGUGUUGUCGCUGGUUUUGGUGUCGGUUUAGUUUCCGCGCUAGGUAUGUCUCCUGUCGCCGAAAGCUUCCCCCGUUCGCCAUCGGCUAACAUGACCUCCCCUCAAAGUGCCUCUUUACCAAUCCGAGUCAUCACCAAAAUGGAUUCGAGGAACAAUCGUCGGUUGUUACCAAUUGGCCAUCACCGUUGGUCUCCUCCUCGCAGCUUGCGCCAACCAGGGGACCCACGCCCGCAAAGAUCACAGUUCCUACCGUAUCCCACUCGCCAUUCAGUUCGUCUGGGCAGCCAUCUUGGCCGGCGGCAUGUUCAUCCUCCCCGAGACCCCUCGCUACUUUAUCAAGAAGGACAAGAUGCAGGAUGCCGCAAAGAGUAUGAGUCGUCUCCGCUCUCUCCCAGCCGACCACCCCGCCCUCGUUGAGGAGUUGAACGAGAUCAAGGCUAUCCACGACUACGAGUUGUCAUUGGGUGCCGGAGACGCCUCCUAUGCAGACUGCUUCAAGCCCGACAUGAUCAAGAGAUUGUUGACCGGAUGCGGAAUCCAGGCCCUCCAGCAAUUGACCGGCAUCAACUUCAUCUUCUAUUACGGAACCCAAUUCUUCAAGAACUCCGGGAUCCAGAACGCUUUCCUCAUCGGCCUCAUCACGAACUUGGUCAAUGUCAUUUCCACUUUCCCCGGUCUUUGGAUGGUUGAGAAGAUGGGUCGUCGCAAUCUCCUCCUCUUCGGUGCCAUUGGUAUGUGUUUCUGCCAAUUCAUUGUCGCGAUAGUGGGCGUUACUACUGUGUCCGACGUCGCCAACAAUGUUCUCAUCGCGUUCGUCUGCUUCUAUAUCUUCUUCUUCGCCUGCUCUUGGGGUCCCUGCACCUGGGUCGUUACUGGUGAGAUCUAUCCUCUUAAGGUCCGUGCCAAAUGUCUCUCCAUUUCCACCGCAACCAACUGGCUUCUCAACUGGGCUAUCGGCUACUCAACCCCCUACCUCGUUGCCUCCGGCCCAGGAAACGCCAAUCUCGGACUUAACAUCUUCUUCAUCUGGGGCGGAUGCUGCUUCAUCUGCAUUGCUUUCGUCUACUUCUUCAUCUACGAGACCAAGGGACUUUCACUUGAGGACGUUGACCAGCUCUACAUGACUGUCGACAAGGCAUGGCGCUCCCAGGGAUUCGUUCCAUCAAUUUCUUACAACCACGAAAAAAUGCAUGCCACCGGGCACGGCCCUGAUGGAAAGCCCACCGGCCUCUCCCACAUUGAAGGUGGUCACGGAGAUGUUUAAAGAGUUUUAAAUUUCUAUUCUUGUCGCUUUUUAUCUAGUCCCCUCUUAGUUUCCUUUUUUUCCUAUGUCUUUCUUUCUUUUUGUUUCCCCGCCUAAUCUCUAGGCAAACGAGUAUGUUCCAUGGAGAACGUACCCGUCGGAAAAUGGCGGAAGGGAUGCGUUUCCUGUUGUUUACUCUUUCGUUCUGCGCUACGAUCAUCGGAGGUGUAAAAUGAUAUAAGUUAACGUCAACGUAUAAAAAAAUGUAAUUAUGCUUAGACCAAAUAUACCUUUUCGAACCAGG